AUGAAAGACUCAUCACAUAAGUCCAACUUCUAUCACAAUUUAAAGGGAGCCCUAUCCAGCAUUCCUAAGAAGAUGUGGUGGCAACACAUAUUGCCGUCUAUGGAGGCUGAGCUACAAAGCCCUGAGGUAUUGGCCGCCGCUUUGCAGCCAAUUAUAUAUAUGAUUGAAGAAUCUUCACAAGAAGAAUAUCAGGAAAUAAUACUUCCCUUUAUUCGUAAUAUAUUUCUGAUGCCAAAGUCAGUACAGGCAACAGUCACUCUAUUGGAAAACAUUGAUGUAUUGAUUGGCAAAACAGCUCAAAGCGACUUAAAAACUGAUGUCUUACCCAUGCUUUACGGCUCUUUCGACUCGACUUCUCCUCAAAUUCAGGAUACUGUGCUCUGA